GGCGUCAACAAAGUACGUACUUCGCACACCUCUGUGUCUUGCCUAUCAGGAUCACCAAAAUGAAGUCAGCGGCGCUGUUCUUUGUCCUGGCAAUGGCCUUCACCGGUACUUGCAUUGCAUACCCCGCAAAUGAACACAACGAGAAAGACACAGAGGCGAAUGCACUCAAGCAAGAGGGACGUGCCUUGGAAACGCUGGGACAGAUUUUGCAAGGAAAAGAUACCCCGAUGGAAAGGCGUGCACUCCUGGCUGAACUCGCGAGUCAACUAGGGGCCUUCCAUGGCACCGACUACGAACUGGAUGAGAAAACCUCAGAGUACUUUUUCAAGCUGAUCCGGAGGAUAGUCGGGAAUGUUGCUAAGGCAGUUGUGAUAAACAAAGCUGUUGGUGCCGUCGCUGGAAUGAUUGGAUAAAUCUGAUUCCUAAUGUGAAUUUCCGUCUUCGCUGGACA